AUGACGGAGAAAAGUGAUAUACACCCACACUAUCUCUCUCCCCCUCUCUCCCUCUCUCUCUCUAUCCCUCUCUCUCUCCCUCUCUCUCUCUAUCCCUCUCUCUCUCUCCCUCUCUCUCUAUCCCUCUCUCUCCCUCUCUCUCUCUCCCUCUCUCCUCUCUCUCUCUCCUCUCUCUCUCUCUCUCUCUCUAUAUAUAUAUAUAUAUAUAUAUAUAUAUGUGGAGAGGGUCAGAAUAAAAAUAAAAACGUUGAUUUUUUUUCUUUCUUUCUUAGCUACAUCAGUUAUUUUGAGAAGCUUAUAAAAACCUAUCAUGACCAAUUGUACCACAAAGAACAGGAAAUCAAACAGUUCCAGGAAGAACAGCAUGUCGUUCAGGAAAGUAUAGCCUCUGCAGUUGAGUGCCAAAUGGCUGAUAAAACAUUUCACCUGCUUAUAGAUCUUGAGUUUUUAACUCUGCCCUUGCAUGAAAGAAAACAAUUAUCUUUCUUUUCUAGACAUGAACUAAAAGAUGAUGUAAUGGACAAGAUUACAAUAAUUAGAAGAGAAGCAAUUGAAGAAAUGGAUAAAGUGAGAAUGAAGUAUAAUCUUCCUGAUGGUGAGAACUGUUUACAAGUAAACCUUUCAAGAGCCGAGGAAGUGCGACAACUUCAGGCUGAUAACAAUCAACUCAAUAUACUUUUGCUCAAACUUAGAACCAUCAAUACCUGGCGACAAAAUUUCAGCCAGGCCAAUUACCUGAAAGCCAUCAACAAAUUAAUGAAGGAUGUGAACAAGCUGAAAAGAGAAAACAUUAAACUAAAUUUGUUGUCAAACAAAGAGAACCAGUUGCUUAAACAACAAGUUACAGCAUUGCGCCAUGAACUGGCCAACACCGUGAAAGAGUUUUCAUCACUCAGAACUCAACUUGAUGCAGAGUUGAGACUGAAAGAAGAAAAACUGCAUAGAAAUAAACAGGAUUUGGAAUACGAACUGCAAAAAGAUCAAAUCAAACAGGAACACAUGGACAGAUUGUUGGAGGAACUUAGCCAGAAAGAAAUGAAAGUGAAAAUGUUCUGCAAAAGUCAAGCGCAGAGAAGAAUGACACUUGCUGAAAAUCAAAGCAGAGUUGCCGUCAGUUCUCUCAAGAAGUUUCUGGAACAAGAAAGAAAUCUGAAACUGAAAGCUUUCCAAGAAGUUGACCGUCUGCGAACUUUGGUUGAUGAACUUGAAACCCCCAUGGUCAGCCAAAGUCGACCCAAGUCUGCAAUUCCUGCACGAUCAUCAACCUCUUUUGGUGCAUACAGGUCAAGGCAGAGUUCUGGUCGAUCUACUGCUCUUCCCAGUCAUUCCUUUUCAUCUACAAGUAAUGGGUCAACACGAACAGGUUGGGCAAAGAAACGAUCUCUAACAGUAGAUCCCAAAGAUGCUCGUACAACUGAAAGACGUAAAAUGAUACAAAGACCCAAAACAUUCGCCGGCCAUUCGUCUCUGACGUUGAUUCUGCCGUUGACCAAACGAAUAAUCUAUUUUGAUCCGUGUUUUCAUGAAUCUAAGGAAUACCAAAAGAAAAUCAUCAAUCAUUUAUUGAACACGGUCUGCCGACGUCUUCAGAAACCUGGCGACAAGUGGACCGUUCUCUCUUUGAAAGAUCCUCCCAAGACCUUCACGCGGGAGGAAUGCGAAAUUCUGGUUAAAGCAUUUGCCGAACAGGUCCUACACCGAUCGAAAUCUUUCACAAUCAGUCCGAAUCUCUUAAAAGAGAAACAGGCACAAAUGCUGAACCUCUCCAGCCUGUUAGGCAAACCUGUUUUGUCGUGGAAUAUGUCUUGA